AUGCGCUUUGCGGCAUUGAAAAAAAGAAAUCUGUCAAAUAAAAAAGAUAAUCCCUCAAUUAAAAUGGCCGAAAACGGUUUAUUCCAAGAGAUUGUAGAUACGGUUAAUCAUAUUGAAACAUUAGAAGAGGAUGAACCUUCCGAAGAACGAAUUGUAACAAGCUCUGAAGCGUUGUUGGGGUGUGAUAACAUGCUUGCAUAUAUUGCGCAAAAGAAUUUGAAUGUUGACUAUUCCGUUAUAAACACACUUAAGAAUUUAAGAAAGAAAAUCUCUCAAACCAGUGUGGAAUUGGCGCGACAAACCACACUCGAGGAAUAUUUGACAUUCGAUGCAUAG